AUGGGGUCCCAGGUUCUCCAGAACUUCCACAUGGAUUGUGAAGUUGCCAUCAAUGACCUUGUGAACAUGGAGCUAUGUGCCAACUAUGUCUACCUUUCAGGGGCCUACUUCUUUGACAGGGAUGAUGUGGCCUUAUACCACUUCAAAACAUUCUCAAAGAAUCAAUCUGAUGAGAAGCUGGAACAUGCUCAAAAGUUCCUGAAAUACUUAAAUAAGAGAGGAGGCCAUAUUGUCCUACAGGACAUAAAGAAACCAGAGCGUGAUGAAUGGAGAAAUAGCCUAGAAGUCCUAGAAAUAGUUAUGAAGAUGGAAAAAAAAAUAAACCAGGCCCUACUAAACCUACAUAAUCUAGCAAUGGAAAAAAGUGACCCACAUCUUUGUGACUUCCUGGAGCGGGAGUAUCUAGAUGAGCAGGUCACAAUUAUCAAGUGUCUGGCAGAUUAUAUCACCAACCUGAGGAGGCUGGGAGCUCCUGAGAGUGGCCUUGGAGAAUACUUGUUUGAUAAGCUCACCCUGGGGGACAGCCACUGA